UGGAUGGCUGUGUCUCUCUCAUCCUUAUCCAUUCUUUAUCUCUCUAGAAAUGAAGCCUUUUCUCUUCCUCUCUCUCCUCCGCCCUCCAUGUUAUAUAUCGUGGACAUGUUUUAUGAUCCAGAGCUUAGAGAGAGAGAAAUCAUCUGAGUUCUUCAUCUGUUUGAAAUUUGGAGAGAAAGAGAGAGAGGCGGCAUGUGCAGGAGAAUGGGUGUGAGGUUGAAGAAGGUGACUGAUCCCUUGAACGAAUUGGUUAAAGCUCAGUUGUUUGAAUCGGGGACCGAGAGUUGCAGCGGAAGCGAGCACGAUGAGCUGUUCUAUGAUGGUCUCUUUGUUGAUGAUGAAAAGGCAGGCGAAAAUAUGAGAGGUGGUAAGAAUUUUGGAUUUUUGUUACGAGGUGAGGAAGAAGAUGGGGAAAGUGUGAAGAAAACGAUCGAGGGUUUUGUAUUGGGGAAGAUUUGCUCUGAUGAUUUAUUUCAAAGAGAACUUAUCCUCUGUGUUGAAAAAUUGGAAUCGAGUAGAGAAACUUGCAGCUCCAAUCGAUGGUUGAUGAAGAAACUCAGAGAUAAAGGUUAUAAUGCAGGUCUGUGCAUAUCGAGAUGGGAAAGGUUGGGCAAUCUUCCAGCCGGCGACUAUGAAUACAUCGAUGUCAUCUCUUCCAUUGACAACACCACAAGGUACAUAAUCGAUCUUGAUCUGGUGUCAAAUUUUGACAUAGCCCGACCCACGAGCCACUUUUUGGGAAUCCGGCAACUUAUUCCCCCUGUCUUCGUCGGAAAACCACAAAUUCUAAAAUCCAUCAUCAAGCUCCUCUGUGAAGAAACGAAGAGGUCGAUUAGGGCACAAGAAAUGCACCUUCCACCAUGGAGGAGAUACAGGUAUAUUCAGGCCAAGUGGUUCGGCCCUCAUCGCCGUACGAUUAACCAUAAGCUUGAGGUCUGACAAAUUGGGCGAGUGCAUGUAGGACUCCGGUGACAUUUUCAAGGACUCCGGCAGGGCUUCGGCCGGAAUCCGGCUUGUUUUGCAGGAUUUGGCGAGCCCUUUUUUUCCUUGUAAUAUAUGAUAACAGAGUUUUUUUUGGUCCUUUGUUUCUCAUCAUUUGAUGAGAGAUUUUUUUUUCUAUCCAAUUCACGAAAAUCACACUCACAUGGAAUUGGGUUUAGGUUUUACAUUAGAGAGAGAGAAAAGCCGAGGUUGGUUUUGAAAGAGGGUUAAUGUGCCCUUAAGAUACGGACAGGAGAUAUAUAUAUAUAAGAAAUGCCUUUAUUAAUUUUUUA